CAAUAACUGAUAUUAAUUAAUUUGAAGAAAUUAAAAAACAAAUGGUGAAGUUAGCGUCGGCCCGAGAAAGCCGAAUGUACGGGCCGAGAUUGGCCCGUAACAGAGCAGAGUACAUAAAUGCGGGGCUCUACGUAUUCGCCACGAUCCUGCUAUUGGGCGGCUUCGCCGCCCAGCUCUCGUACGAGGCAAAAUCGGGGCUCGUAAUUCUUCUAAUAGGGUUCUUCGUACUCAUCGUGGUCAACCUGCACGAUCUCAUCGCCCAUCUCGCCGGAAUCGAUUACCGGUUGCCGCUAAUGGAACUCGACAUGCAGUUUGCCCUAGUCGAGUUCGCCGUCCCUCUCGUUUACACUAUCGGCACUCUUCUCUUCUUCCUCGCCACUCUUUUCCUCUUCAUCCAGGCAGAAAAGGGAGAGGGGUACUUGAAACUGGAACGGCUUGCUUUGAGCAUGUUGAUAGCCGGUCCGGUUCUGUGGCUGCUCGGUUCGGUUCAUAACUCGUGUCAGAUCUACGAGAGAGCCGACGGACAUUUUCAAAUAUUGCAGGCGACUGUGCUUAUUCCUUUUCUAACGGCUAGUUUGUUGUUUCUCGUCGGUUCGAUUAUCAACACUAGAGAUCAGGUUGGGCAUUCUCACCACGGAUUGGGAUUGCUCGGUGACACGUGGAUUUGGAUGGGUAUAAUGGGGAGCUUGGUGCUUUUAAUGGGGGGGUUUGCGAACGUUGUGAAAGUAUUCAAGAUGCAGCAACUGAGUGGGGUGAUGAGAUUAGAGAGGCUGCGCGGCGGAGCGCAGGAGCGGCUGCUUCUUAUAAGAGACGGCCAGGCGGCGCCGCUCAUCGUUCACGAUGAGCAGCAGAGACGGCUGAGGGCGGCCGAUGUGGAGGAGGAACGGCGGAGGAUGGCGGCGGAUUUGGAGGAAGGUCAGUCGGCGGAUGAUCGGCCGACGCCUUACAAAGAUGUUCUUGUUGGUCAGACGUGAAAAUGAACACCGUCGUUUUAUAUUAUACCUUUUUUUCUUUUAUAACAUUUUUUUUUUCGCCGGAAGUUGUAUGUGUUCGUCAAAAGAUAAAUUUAUAAGGUGAUUUUUCAUCAUUUCUUGCUCAAUAUGAUUGAAGAUAACCGGAUUUCUUGGUGUGA